AUGCAAUCAGAAUCCAACACAACGUGGGUCCGACGCUGACCUCGUCAAACAAAAUGGCCGUCAAUACAACAUGGAAGAGGAUGGAACAGAGUCGAGAAUUGUUCUGGCGGUCAUUCCCACAAGCGCGGUUUGAGAUCAGACUGAUGGGGAUCUUUUAUUAGCAGUCGCGUCCCUCAUCUUCAUACCCGCGCACCCGAUAUGGCUGCUGAGCCUGGACGACAGACAUUGAUCUCCUUCACGCAUUCCAGUUGCGCAGUCAAUUGAGUCCUGCGUGCUGAUCAAUUGAGUAAUCAUUGCCCCCAAUGGCGUACUGCCAUACUUGCGACCGAUACUUCACGUCCGACGUGGCUUUGGGCCAACACCAUCGCCAGUCUAGCCGUCACGUCUAUUGCUGGAGAUGCGACAGACCCUUUGGCUCUCACUCAGCGUGGGAGCAACACGUGCGCAACUCCUACGCGCACGAUGCCUGCCCUUACUGCGAUGAUGUGGUGGACUUUGAGAACAACAGUGACCUGGAGCGACACUUUGAAAGAGUGCAUCACCGCUGCAUUCCCUGCAGGAUCAAUUUCGAAACGUCCGACGACCUCGACGACCAUGAUCGAUGGGCGCAUUACAUGUGCUCGGUGUGUAGGAAGUACAAUGACUCUGAGCAUAACCUCAAGGCUCAUCUCCGAAAACAUGAUGAGAAGUCAUUGAUUUGCUUCGGCUGCCCUCGGUCUUUCGCAACCUACUCGGCCAUGCUUCUACACCUGGAGCCCGGAGCGUGUGCUGCACCUGUCGACGAGUGGGACAUUGUCAACUAUGCUAAUGAGUGCUACGUAUGCGACUAUUAUAUCACCAACGACGCUGUGUAUAAGUUUGAAUGCCCGCCUUGCGACAGGACAUUCAAGAAGAUGAGCGGUCUCCUCCAGCACGUCGAGAGUGACACCUGCCCGGACGAUCUGGAACCGGGAUCGCGGCUAUGGAAAUUUCUCAGGUACCUGCGAGAGAAUAUCUGAAGGGCAGGUUGUUGCGAUACAUGAUCUCCCAUGAGGCUGGCUUAGGGGGCUGCAAGCGCACGGUUUCUGAGAGGCGACUGAUCCAAAAGUCGUGAUCGAAGGUUAAUACUGCGUCUCAAGACCGGU